AUGCCGCUCUCGACCUCAACUCAGACCACGACGGCGGUAGGUAUCUUCAUGAAGAACGGUUCGGGUGGUUUUCUCGGUGAUCUCGAGUUUUACGGUGAAAAUAUUGGCUUCCGUUCUGGAUCUCAGCAAUAUACCCGCGCAUACCGGCCAGAUUCGACCUUCGACUCAGUUCCGUAUCCGAUUACCUUGCGCAACGGCGGACCCUAUCCAGAUAUUGUGCUAGAUAACUUGUAUGUCGAGGAAUCAGCUGCCGUAGUCUUGGAUGGGACUGGCACCUACACUCAGGGUUUGUUGGAGCCUGCCCCCAGCAAACCGGCGAGCCCCUUGGAUGGGAAUGGCAACUAUUUUACCCAGUCUCGGCCACAGUACCAGACUUACUCGGCUAGCCAAUUUAUUCUCGCCACAGCCCACGGCGUGUCCAACAAUGCCACAAGGGACCAGACGGAUACCAUCAACAGUUUGUUGAGUAGCAACGUCAGCUCUCCAGUCUUCUUUCCAGCCGGUAUCUACCUAGUAAAAGGCACUGUCUCUGUUCCCCUCGGUUCGAUCAUCGUGGGAGAAGGCUGGUCACAAAUUAUGGCGACGGGGUCGUACUUUGCCGAUGAAUCCAAUCCUAAUGUCAUGGUCCAGGUGGGUUCACAGGGCGAUGAAGGAAUCAUUCAGAUCUCCGACAUGCUGUUUACCGUUCAGGGGCCGACGGUGGAUGCUAUUGUCAUGAAGUGGAACGUUCACGAGAGCACGCAGGCUGCCGUGUGGGAUUCUCACUUUCGCGUCGGAGGUGCCCAAUAA